AUGAAGGGAACCUCCCAUCAUCCAGAUAACCAUAUUGUCGAAUGGCCCAAUACGGCUCUAAAUGAAAGCAAAUCAAGAAAAUCCAAAGGUCGAUGCAAGCAACCAGAUUUUGUUGUCUCGAUUAUCCAUCAACUUCAGACAGAAGCCAUUAUAUUCAUGGGCGAGGUUAGUCCGCCAUCACAAAGAAACAAUGUGUACAAAAACUGCAACGAUCUUAUUCGAAUUGGCGUGCUCAUGAAAGAUUGCUUGGAUUUUGCAAUAGACAAUGGUGCAGGUUUUCAAUGUGUUGAUCUUAUUAAAUGA